AUGUCUUCCCACCUCCAGUGGAUGCUCAUCAAGAAUACGCAUUGCUUUCUCAUGAAACGCAAUGGUGAACAAUUCAGUCGUGACCCACUGAACAUGAAGGGCAAAAACUGUUUCAAGUACAAUGGCAUGGUUCAUAAAAAAGCGAUUGGCAUCAAGCAAAUGAAGGGCGGGAAGGGCGUUUAUUUUAUCACGAAGAGGACUGGACUCGAUUACAAGCCUUCAAAGGCUCUUGUAAGGAUAAAGUUUGUUCGCGGCAACAGACGGACGUUACAAAAUAUACGCAACUUCGUAUGCCGCACGAAAUACCGCCGAGAACUGAAAAUGCUUGCCCUCCGAAAAGCUAGUGCGAUUCUGCAGGCCAACAAGCGGAAGCAAGUUUCACCGACUAAGAAAGCCAAGAAGAACUAG